AUGGAGCCAGAAACAGAAAAGAUUGGAUCCUCUCUUCGUAUUCCUUCUUCUGUGAAAGAACUAGCAAAUGAGGCACUAAUAAAAGUUCCAGAGAGAUAUGUUCAUCCAGAUAUUGACCCUCCAAUUUUAUAUAACACAGAAUCUUUGUCACAUCUCCCUGUAGUAGAUCUAAACAAGUUAUUGUCUGAAGAAGUGAAGGGUCCUGAACUGGAAAAGCUAGAUCUUGCAUGCAAAGAAUGGGGUUUUUUCCAGCUGAUUAAUCAUGGAGUUGACGUGGAAUUGAUGGAAGAUGUAAAGAGAGGUGUUCAAGAACUCUUCAAUCUUCCAAUGGAAGAGAAGAAUAAACUUUGGCAGAAACCAGGAGAUAUGGAAGGAUUAGGUCAAAUGCUCGGUUCUGAAGGAGGGUCAUCAGAUUGGGUAGAUUUGUUUUACAUUUUUACACUUCCAUCACAUUUAAGGAAGCCCCACCUAUUCCCAAAUAUACCACUGCCAUUCAGGAAAAAUUUAGAGGAUUAUUGUAUAAAGAUGAGAGACCUUGCCAUCAACAUCCUUGGCCUAAAUGCUCACACUGAUGGAUCUGCCCUCACCAUCCUCCUCCAAGCCAAUCAAGUGGAGGGCCUCCAAGUAAAUAAAGAUGGAAUGUGGGUUCUAGUUAAGCCCCUCCCAAAUGCUUUCAUCAUUAGUCUAGGAGAUGUCAUGGAGGUAAUGACAAAUGGAAUAUAUAGGAGCACUAUGCAUGGAGCAGUAGUAAACUCACAGAAAGAGAGAGUAUCCAUAGCUACAUUUUAUGCCCCAGAAUGGAGUGGAAACAUAGGUCCAGCACCUUCUCUUGUUACUCCAGAAUCACCACCUUUGUUCAAAACAAUUGGUGUAGCAGAUUUCUAUAAGGGAUACCUUUCACCCGAGCAUCUUGGGAAACCAAAAUCAUAUAUAAAUGAUGUCUUGAGGAUCCAAAAUGGGCACGUCAAACGCUAG